CAUCGAGCCGCAAGAUGGGAUACCAAUCGCUUGGACCUCGGCAUUAUGGCCAUUGGAAGCGGAAAGACGUCCUCGGGCCUUCCGGCGGCCGUCUCGGGCUCUCUCGAUCAGUGGAAGGCUCUCUCUCCCACCAGAUACAGCAACUUCUACCAGUGCUCAUGGGCGCUCGAGACUACCGAGGCGCUGCAGGGGUACUUAGCGUCAUUUACACGCACCUCAUGUCAGAUCCAGCCGCUUGUGUCACGACAAGCUUGGAAAUCCUGCGACGGCUGCCAGAUUCCACACCGACCCUCGUGGAAUUUUACCAGUCGUUGCUCGAGUGGCAGUCCGAUCACAUUAGCAACGACGUGAUUCUGCGCGAGAGGUUCCUCUUAUACUUGCUACAAGGCGACUUGCACGAAGCGUAUGCAUAUUACAAGGAGCACAUGCAACUGGAAGUGCUACAGCAGGACAUCCAUGUGAUCGCAAGCUUUGGGAUGGUCUGCUACUGGCUGUUGUUUCGAGAGGACCAAGCCAUCCGCGAUGCCUACAUACACGCACCUUUGUCCUCCCAGAGCAACGACGACGGCGACAACGAUGAUAUCAUGGACAACGACCAAGAAACCCAAUUCCCCAUCCGGCACGUCGUUGGCACUGCGACACUGUACCAAGAAGCGUCGGUGAGUUUUCGGCGUGCCAUGACGUUGAGCCCGGAAAGCAACGUUUUUGUCGAGUAUUAUGUCCAAAUCCUUGUGAUGAAGAACGACAUUGAGCUGGCCGCAGAUUACUUGGAGCAUUUCUACCACCUACACCCGACCGAACCGCACGCGUGCCGCAUGCUGUUUGAGUUUUUUCAGCGGUACUUUCCAGCCUCGGUAGCGUCCCACGUGGAUAUUUGCAUUCGAUGGAAUACAUUGGAUCCGUCGACGUUGGUGCCGUUAAAAGCGCUUGUCGAGUGCUUUGCUCAAGACCUCGUGACCAAGGGCCAACUGGUGGCGAGUCUAUGUCAUUCGCUCGACCACUGCGGCAGUAACAUGUACCAGCAAUUGCACCCAGACACGACCCUUUGGAUAUGGCAGCAGCUCGCCGACGUCCUUGGUCCCGUAUCUCUGCCACCGCUUUCACAGCACGUGGCGCUGUACUUUGAGCCGCGGCAGUGGUGGCGUCGGGUGUAUACCACCAACACGAGCUCUGCCAACGAGUUGACACUGUUGAACGUACUCCAGUGCAUUGUAUUUGUACGCGUAUGGGGUGUGGAGGCUCUGUCGCAUACCCUUGAGCUAGCCACCCUCGUCCACUCCCCUCACCACGACGUGGCAACCCUGGCAACUCGGUUCCACCUCGAUUCUCUAACUCGACAGCCCACUCGACAGCCAGCAUCCCCCUCGUCGCUGAAAUGUAUCGGCCUGCCAGUGGUUCGUACGUUGUCGCAGCCGUUGAGUUGGCGGCCGUCGAUUGGCCAACUGCGCACACCCCACUUGCUAAAACGACCCCAAGUGCUCACGUCGUUCGAGCUAGAAGACGCCGUCCAAGUGCAUCAAGUCGCGACGGGCGCCGCGCCUCCACCAUGUCGCAUUCCACGACCUGUGAACAAUACUAUCGACGCGAGGGUCACUCUUGAAUCAAGUCAAAGCAAGCACCAGCAGCAGCAUCCGAUGGACUGGCUCUUAGGCCAGCGAAGCAGACAGACCAAUCCUUGGCACAUGGACAUGACAUCGUCCGUGCUACAUGCCAUCCAAACAGACACUUCCUCAUCAUCCACCGGAGGGUUGGUGCUCACAGAUAAGGACUGCUUUGCCGCGGCGAUGGAGGACGAGCUGCUGCUCGUGUCGCCGCCGUCCACCGCCCCCCUCCACCAUUUGCACACGUCAUACCUGUACAAAUGCCUCCCCGUACCCCCGUCGAGCCAGCAAGCGGGGAUUAUCGUCAAGGCUCUGCGCCGCUACCAUCCAUUCCUUCCACAGUAUCGCAUCCCCGCUCGCUUUUUGCACUGGAUUCAGCACUACAUGAUGCGACACGGUCUCCACGCCACAUCACCCAAAUGCCUCGAGCACGUCGAGUCCAAGUGGCGACGCCAGUAUGGGAGAUGUCGAGGGCUACCGUCCAUUGAAGCUGUGGCGGCGGCCAUGGACUACUUCAAGCGCAACCCCGUGAUCCUCCCCCGCCGCAUCCGCGAUCGGUUCCGGGCGUUUGUUUCUGCUCAUGGUCGUGUGAACUUGCUGCACCUGUGCCGGGUAUUUUAUACGCUUCUGGGGGCCCGGUACCCGCCCGACCUGCCGUUUUCGAGCGUGCUCGUCGCCACCGCGAGGCAGUGGAUGCAAGACGGCGACCCUCGCGGCAGCGUGGGAACUGCCUUGGCAUGCUACCCCCCGCCUGUAAUCCAUAUAUCCACUGUAUCUCUGUAGUAUCUCCAGUGGUUGUUCAAGGGGGGUUGUGUGUAGCUACGAAAUCGGAACGACGACGCCGACAACGCUUGGACACGAGCAUUGAACGAAGAUCCCCCUGUGACAGAGUCGUCGUUUCUCGUCCCUGCGAACGAACGAUACCUGUCGUCCAUUCGCGAAUGGCUCGAGAAAGAAGCCCCCAUCUCGAACGCGGCGCUGAUGUACUACAUGCACAUGCAUUUCGACGCGACCGACCCCGCGUUUCCGUCAUCCAACGUUGUCACAGCUAUGAUCGAGUACGUUCGUGUGCAAGUCCACGCCGAGUUUGCCGACGUGCCAUCGCUGGAAGACAGCAUCUACUACUCGCUCCCCCAUCGCACGUCCAAGCCAGCACACCGCCGGUACUUGGAGACUGUCGUCUUGCCGCGCCAGCCGUUCAUGCCAUUUGAGGACGUGUGCCGCGUGAUGCUGGACAAGACCAAGCUGCCGCCGUCCAAGUACCCCGCGCCAACCGUCCCCGAACUGUACGCGUGGUGGCGAGCGGCCGUCAAGGACUUCGUGACGGCUGGCAUGGGGCUCGGCACGGUGGUUCCACACGUCGACGAGGCGGAGGCGGCCCUGCCGCCCCCCCCGCCGACCGCCCGCGGCGAUGGCAUUGAAAUCGCCAAGCAAAAGUUGAAAAUGCUCAAUUUGCCCGACGACAUGGAGAUCUUUCCAAUUUGACCAGUGAAUGAAUCCGUGUUGAACGUUGAUCUAAUGUUAUGUCUAUAUGGGUGUU